UCUCUCUCUAAAAGUUCAGAGAAUUAAGCAAAAUUAGAAGAUGGGUUUAGUUGAUUUUCUUUCGGAUUAUGUUUCAUACCGUUUUGGUUCGAGAAAAAAGAAGAGACGAAAGCCAAACCAGACAGUAGAAAUCAUGGUGAAGAUGGACUGUGAUGGGUGUGAAAGGAGAAUUAAGAAUGCUGUUUCCUCCAUCAAAGGAGUGAAGUCAGUGGAGGUGAACAGGAAGCAAAGCAAAGUAACAGUGAUUGGAUAUGCUGAGCCAAGCAAGGUCCUAAAAAGGGUUCAAAGCACAGGAAAGAAGGCUGAGUUUUGGCCUUAUGUCCCCUACAACUUGGUGGCUUAUCCUUAUGUUGCUCAGGCUUACGACAAGAAGGCGCCUGCCGGGUACGUAAAGAACGCCACUCAAGUGCUCUCGGUUGCGGAGGCGCCCGACGAGAGGUUGAUAAUGAUGUUCAGCGAUGAAAAUCCUCAUGCUUGUUCUAUUAUGUAAGAAAAUGUAUGGUUUGAACAUGGAGGAUUAGGGUUUGUAUGCUACAUGUUUUGCUGAAGAGAAAGAUGGUAGUGGCUGUAUCAUGGUAGAAA